AUGACGACUCCCACCACUCAAGAAGACAUCGUUGCCGCCGAGUGCUUGCUCUUUCUUGCGGGCUCUAGAGAGAGCAAUCAGACCCCAAACCAGUACAGCCAUGUCCGUCCUAACACGGAACAUAGCACACAGAGCACUUUGAGCCUUCCUAGUGCUCAUCUCUCUCCUCCACCACAGCUCGCUUAUCCAGCACAGUUCUACCCUCAAGCACAGCCCCUUCAAGCACCGCUCCCUCCUCAUGCACAACUUCCUCCUCGAACACAGCUCCCUCCUCGAAAACGACAACAGUUCGCUCAUCCAACACAAUUCCUCCCUCGAGCACAGAACCCCCCACAAAUACAGAACCCCCCUCAAGUACAGAAUCUCCCUCAAGUACAGGAUCUCGCUCAAUUGCAAAAUCUCGCUCAAGUACAGCUUCCGCAUCUAGCGCAGCUUCUCUCUCGAGCACAGGAUCCUCCUCAAGCGCAGAAUCUUGCUCAAACGCAGAACCCCCCUCAAGCGCAGCAUCACCCCCGAGCACGAAAUUCCCAUCGAGCACACAAUUCCCAUCGAGCACAGAAUCCUCCUCGAGCACAGCAUCCUCCACGAGUACAGCUCCCCCCUGGGCGCUCAAACAUCGUCUCGACACCCUCUGGGCCCCCGAAUAUCCCUCAACUUCCACAAGUCUCCAACCAGCCACAGAGAUCCUCCGCAGUGCCAAACCAGCAACCCCAACUCUUUGGAGCAAAUCUUAGCCCCGAAUUAGCACUGCAGGCAUUUUUGAUCCGUCAGCAGCUGAUCGCCGGUAUUCCGCCCCAGGACAUCAUACCUAUGCGCCAGCAGAGUAGCAAUGCAAAAGAGAAAGUACCGGCUAUUGUGCAGAUUACGAACGAGGGCAUCAAGGUGCCGAAUAUCCCCCCUGCAAAGUUCAGUGGUAGCUUCCAACCAAUUCCUAAGGACCAGUUGGCGUCCAUAUCUCUUCAGCCAGCCGGGGCUAUGGAAGCAAGGCCGCAAAUUGCUGCUCAGACCAGGGCCCCAAGCAAUACCUUCAUUCCAGCAACAUCUGCUAACACGUUGACCGCAGAAGGGACUGAAGCGAGAACAGUGCAACAGCAGCCACGAGCUAUGGGCCGUCCAAAAGCCAGGGCAGUAUCACAGCAGCCACGGGUUGCCGGCCACCCAGAUGCCAACACUCUCCCACAACAGCCGCGGAUUAUUAGCCGUCCAGAAGCCAGGAUAAUGCCACAGCAGCAACGAGAUAUCGCCCCUCCAGCCUUGAACAUGGCUCCGAUGCACGGUGCCGAAACCCAGCCACCCCCUCAACUUCAGAUAUCUAAUAUCCCUCAUGAAGGGUUCGACCUCCUGCGAAGACUCUCAUACCAUCCUCAACUCGCCAUUUCGCUCACCAGCUACCUCGACGUCAACGAUAUAGUCAACAUAGGUGCUUUAUCUAAACCAUUUCACCAGUUCCUCAGCGCGCAUAUCGGGCAUGUUAUCUCAACCCAUGCGGCAACCCGCUACCCCUACGCUGCCAUUACAUUCCCCUUCCUCUGCUAUCCUAAGUUGUGCACCCAGCCCAGGCACUGGUGCGACCCCCAGCCCCAAGACGGCCAGUAUAACCUUGAUCUCCUCGUUCCAUCCAUCCCAUGGAUCCGAAUGCUUGCAUACCGCGACAACACUGUGCGAGAGAUCAUGGUCCUCCUCCACCAAGCUGGGUAUAACCUCCCGUCGCAAGCGGCCACUCCCAUCCUGAAACUGUGGGCUUUGAUGGAUAUCCCCGACAACGAGCGCCGGGAGUGGACGAUCCGUAACCGGCACGUCUGGCAAGAUGGGGACAUCUUUCUCGCUACACUGUUCCUUGUCCAACUGGAUAUGUAUUUGCGCCAGAAGCGCGACCAGCAAAGCAACAGUAUCCGACGACUGAUCAUGGCACAGCCUACUCUUACCUUCCUACACGAUUAUAUCCGAGGAACAGUGUUGCAGUCUCCCACCCAUGUGUUGACUGAGUACGUGCGCUGGAAGUACGCACCUGACACUACUCGGGGGGAAGCGGACCUUUUCGGAGUGUCGGUUGAGGACGCGGGCAGUUUGCAGUAUGAGUGGUAUGGCAAAAGGCGCGGAAGGGGAGUGGGGGAGGAAACAAGGAUCAAGUUGCGUCGUCCUGAUGAAUGCAUUCUCCUAGAGCUGAGAAGAAGAGGCCUGAGUCCGCAUGAUAUGUAUAUCGAAUUUUUUGUUUGCAAUCGUGGUCAUAUUUUCUUUCCUUUGAAUAAGAAAUCAGUGUCUUGGGUUGCGCAGAUGAGAGGGCAUGUGGCGCAAAAGGGUGGUAACUGGAUGGAUGCCGUGAGAUUGGAUUGA